GAUCUAAUUGUAGGAAUAGUUAGCAAUAAACAUCAAGCCAUUGUGUGUACGUGUGUGGUGUGUUAGCUUGUAUAUCUCGAGCUAUGUAAACCCAGCAAGCCUUUGGUAUUACAGUCCUCUCUGUCUGAUUGCAAACUGAGCUAACUAUCUCUCUGUACCUAGAGGCUAUCUCACAAGACGUCUUCUAUUGUCACAGGAUGCUAGCUGCCAUGCAGGGGAACACAACUGUCUUCCCUCCUGUACACUCACCCCCCACAGACUGUCCGUCAAACGACCUUCGACCUUUAUCUACGCCCAUCCCUGUACCAAACUAUCGAACGGUUGCCCCACAACAAAUGAUCCCUAUCGCCAUGGUACCCCCGCCACUUCUGAUUGGUCCUGGUGGAACCAACUACACGCUUGUACCUACGACUAGAACCGAUGGAAUGUUCAGUAACCUGCAGCUCUCUGGGGGGUCUGUAGACUCGAAAACUAUACCCCCCAGAGCGUAUUACUCAAACACUGGUGGACAACCGUCUCUGGCCUCGACAACAAACGGUGAUAACAGAUUUAUACCACUUGCAACGACUGUACAGCUGGACCCUCGUACUAUCGAUCCCACCACCUCUCACACACACCCUGACCAACAAGCCUCGCCGGUGGAGAUAAAGCAACCACCGUUUGUAGCACCCUCAACUACAGCAGCUGGAAGCUCGGCCGUUAAUGCUCUCCUUACUAGAAGGACGAGUUCAUCUGAACCGCAGCUGAGUGAACAUCAUCAUCACGGCCACUGUGAGAGAGGAGGUGAAUCAAGUCACCGUCGGCGACGCAAGAAACACUCCAAACGGAGAAGACAUCACGAGAAACAUCACCAAACUUCAGAUGAACCUGACAGUGAGAGCUCUGAAGGCUGCCCCCCGAAGAGGAGGCACGUGAAAAAUGAGGUCGAACAGACCCCUAGCUGUUCCCAGGAACUACCGCCCUCGACUAGUGACCCCACCCCUCGGGUCUCUUACCCCGUACAAGCGCUGGUGGACAUUCCAAUGAAUCCUCCUCUAAGUUCUCGGACUUCCAGUUUGAGCAGUUCUCUGUCCUCGUUUCGUUUCGGAGGCAGUUUGAGUCAACUGUGGGCAUCGCAAAUGUCCCUCACCACUCGAAUGUCUAACAUGAAAAGCACAGGAAACCUCAAUGUGGAAACAGCCACCAUGCCAUCGCUGGGCAACCAGUACUUUGCAUUCGGAGGCAGUCUCCCUGAACUAUCGCUCACCUCACUCUCACGUCUCCUACCAAACUCUACCUCAAACGAUGCCAACAUUUCGUCUUGUCCAGGCCUCUUUACUCUCCUUCACCCUCCACUCUAUGUCUACCCUAGUCAGCAGCACUUAACCACGCCUUUUAUCAACGCCAAUGGCUCCAUCACAUUCGGCAGUUUUCUCUCAGGAGGUUCCAGUUUGUGCAACACUAUGAAAGCUCCAUCCACCACCACUGCGGGUGGAGAAGGCAGUACUGAUGUGGCUAACGAUGCUCCCAGUACGUCUAUCAUCACUAGAACAGAGAACGAAGUCAUCGAGGGUGGAUACUCGAAACUGAGUGGCUCUUCAACUUCUCUCUCCUCGAAUGGCAGUGCUAAUAUACCAAUGUUUGCGCCAGUAGCGGGCCCUCUAGCAGGACACCAUCAAAUUGUCACAACUCUGCCCGCAUUCCAUACAAUCACCAACAAUACGAUGUCCCAUUCCAAUGGCAUGCCAUCUCCGAAUCAGCCCACCAGUGCACACAUGACUGUCAAUUCCCCUCCGCACGUGGCUGCACCAAAUCUGGACACUUUAGCGUGUGUGGCAACCGCCCCCCAUCAUCAACUAACAAGUCCUGUCUCCCCUCACACACUCCCCCAGCAUCACAUUCUCCACACCUCCACAGGAGGAGCUCCGUACAGCAUCCAACCACACCCACACAUCGACUCUAAGGAAGGAAUUCUCCGUACAUGUAUGCCCACACAUUUCAUAAGCAGACCCGGAGUCAUACAGUCAUCAAGUUCACUUCCAUUACCUGGUGUCAAACUGGAGAGAGAAGCAGUCUCACAAGAAAGUCCCCAUUCCAUUCCCGUCAUUUCCAUACCAAUAUCCGAGUGUCUAGCCUCGACCGAGACCCAUCCCUAUUCCCUACAGGAGCACCUCCCACAUGGUAGCAUCCUUGAGACCUCCCCUAAACGAGAAAAAGACAAGCCCUACAAGUGUGAUCACCCAGGAUGUGAUCGUUCAUUCUCGUUCCCAGCACACUUGCGUUCCCACGUCCAACAAAUCCACAUUUCGUAUCGUCCGUGCAAAUGUGAUUUCCCGAGUUGUGGGAAACGUUUCUACACACCCCAGCACCUUAAUGUGCACAGGCGUGUGCACACUGGAGAAAGACCAUUUGUAUGUCCGUAUCCUGACUGUACCAAGGCUUUCACAACAGCUGGCAAUCUCAAGAACCAUAUUCGAACACACACUGGUGAACGCCCUUAUUCGUGCAAGUUUGAUGGCUGCACAAAGUGUUUUGCUGAGAUGUCAAGUUUAAAGAAACACGAACUCACACAUACAGGAGAGAAACCGUACAAAUGUCGAGUGUGCGGUAAAGCCUUCUCGCAGGCGGGAAGCCGAAACACCCACGAACGAAAACACAAUAGGACAGACGAAGGAGACGGGGAAGCCGGCUCUAAAGGACCUCGCAGGUUUCGGAUAAAGAGGAUACCUAGUGACACUGCUAUGGUGAAGACUGAGCCAUUGUUAUAGGUAGCUAGAUCUAUGUAGUUGUCCAGAACUUUUCUUUGUAACAAUGUCCUUUUUGUGAUUUGAUCCACCACCAUCAGUUUUGUAUACUGAAAAUAUUUGUAUACUGAAAAUAACAUAUUAAUUUGAGAAAA